GCUACGGAUAUACACAUACUUACAUAUUUUAACUGUGCUACAGUCAUACAUAUAAUUAAAUAUGGUAUCAAUCUGAACAUAUUAGUGACGGAUAAUCAAUCUAAUUAUAAAUUCAUGCGUAUGUACAUAUAUAGUAUGUAUGAAAGCAAUGAGACACAUAAUUGCUUGCAAUAAGUAGAAAAAAAAUAAUAGAUAAUGUAAUUGCAAGUAAUGGUUGAAUACAUUUGAAUUUUGCCAAAUUGUUUUAAAUAUAAAUUAUAGAACUGAACUUUUGAAAUGUGCUAUCUAUUUACAAUAUUAAAGAAAAAUAUAAUUAAAUUUCAAAAGUACGUCCAAAACUCGUGCAACAAGUGAUAACACCAACGAAACUGAGACCCACACAAAAGAAUUCAGUCAAGUGUUCGUAAAUACAUACACAAAUUGUAUCAGUUUCAAGUGAAAACUUCCUACAGAAGCAACAGGUUUCCGCUCAUAACCGCGAUAAAAUAUUAAUUAGGCUACCAGUGUUAGUUAAUAGAAAGAAAGAAAUGUUUUUCAAUAUAAUAAGUACUGACAAGAUAUUACAAUGAACAUAAAUAAUUAUGUAUGUACAUCCAAAUAAACUAAAAUAUUAAAGCAGCCACAGAUAUAUAUACAUACAUAAGUAAUUACGUAGAGUUCGCAUCAACUGCGACAAUUAAACAAUUCCUAACUAGAACACAAAACUACAAAAUGGAAUCAUUUUACGAUGGCGACCUUAAGGAUAUAUGGGACUCCGAGCUGGACCCGACUGAAUCCUUAAAAAUAAACUGCGAACAUGAUCUGCCAGAUUGGUUUAUGGUUCGCGAUGUUAAAGAUCCCACCGUUAUUCUUAACGACAGACUUAUAUCCGAUGCUCUACUAAAUGGUACUCUACCUAUUAAGGCAGAGCAUUCUUACAGCCUUAAUAGCGAUGGAGACUCUCUAGCAGAACCACAAAAAAGCCUGCAAGCCAAAAUUGAUGACAUGGAUGAUGUGUGUUAUGCUACUACUUCAGUAAAAGCUGCCAAAAACAUUUCGACUACAAUUGAUCCAAAAUGUCUUACACUAGAUCCGCCAUUAAAAAAGAACCGCAGUGAUGACGUCGAGUUGACCAGCAGCCAAACUUCUGACACGAUCCCUGCUGUUGAUCGGCAAGCCACUUCAGCGAUAUCACGUGGAAAUUUAAGACAGGAUAGAAAUAAUAGCGUAGCUACAGCUCUGUAUCAUUUACAUCUACCUCAACACUUUUCGGGAAUGUAUGACGAUUGCAAUUCAAGUGUAUCGUCGACUCGCGAUGGAAGUAUAUCACCAAACAUGGGUUCCUACGUUGAUAAUCCCGCCAUCAAAGAUGAGCCCUUGUCCCCUGAAUCUAGCUGUCCGGGUAGCCCGAAUUCAAAAAACGAUAGGCUACAGCAUGAAACCACAAUCAGUUUGAAUUUAGCAAAUUUACAAACUGAAUUUUUCUUUGAACAGAAGAAGCACGCGGGCAUGCUGCUCAGUGAAAGUCGCAACACGCAAAACCUCAACAAGUCACAGCAUCGACAAUGUCUAAUAGAGGAUGGUAGUCAAAAUCUAUUGUUUUCACAUAUCAAGAGUGAAAAAAAAAAUACAGGUUCAUCACCACUAAUUUCAAAUUCAUGUUCAACCACAAUGAACACACACACUGACGCUGGGGCUCCUUACGGCAUACCGCCAACGCCGCCAUCUUCCUUGACAAGUGAUGACUCCGAAGGUAAUUUAACGCCGGAACAUAUUUUUUCGCCCGUGUCGCCAAAUGCGUCAGUCUCUGCAUCUGUGGCUACAAAUGGAGGUACGAAGGUAUCUAAGUCUGCACUUAUAGCUCGUCGUAGUUCAGGUACACGUUAUAUUGUCAGCCAUAUCGCUACCACCGGGAGCCCUACAACAAGGCAACCAAUUCAUACACCACUGAUUAGCUCCCAACCUAAAGGAUCCACUGGUAUGCUAUUACUGACUGAGGAAGAAAAACGCACUCUACUGGCAGAAGGUUAUCCUAUACCACAAAAACUACCACUAACCAAAGCUGAAGAAAAAUCUCUCAAAAAAAUACGACGCAAAAUAAAAAAUAAAAUCUCCGCCCAGGAAAGUCGUAGAAAGAAAAAAGAGUACAUGGAUCAAUUAGAAAGACGCGUUGAAAACCUUGUUUCAGAGAACCACGAUUGCCAAAAGCGCAUUGAAAUAUUAGAAGAAACUAAUGCUAAUUUAAUCAGUCAGUUGCACAAGCUGCAAGUACUGGUCAGCAAACAGAAUUUGAAGAAAUUUUAAAAUUAGAAAAUGUUUGAUGGUUGUUUAGCAAUAAGAAUUUAAAGAAAUAAUGUAUAAAUCUUUUAGCAUCAGGCUUUCGACGUGUUCCAAAGUGAGUUUUUUGCUUUAUAGAUAUAAAGCCUACAAAAAAAUUAAAAAUUAAUUAAUAAAUUUAAUAACAUCUGAUGUAUUUUCAAAAAUAAUAGUGAUAUCGGAUAUGGAGCACAAAAUAUAUAUUAUAAAUAUUCUAUUAGUAUCAUUUUUAAAUUAUAUUAAAUUGAAAAUUAAUUUGAAUCUUUUUAAGAUAAUAACAAACGGCUAAGAUAGAUUUUCCGAACAGAAUAAUAUUUUCCUGUGACAUUGCACGAAAACAAGAUAUUUAAUUGAAUAUAAAAUCCGGUUCGUAAUUUAAGUUUUCUACAAAAUAAGCUAAGUUCUUCAUUCCAAUAGCAUUUUAAGUUAAAUUCAGAAGAGUAUUUAAGUUUGAUUUCCGCUUAUAUUAAAAACCAAUUCAUAUAAAUUAUGACAAGUUUGGAACUCACUUGUUAAUAACAAAUCGCAACUUAAAAAGAAGCAAAUAUAAAAACUUGAAAACGUUAAAAGUAUGCUUAAAUGAGGGCACUAGAAAGCAUUAAUUUAUUGAAUUUGAGAGCGAAUACAUUACAUUAUGUUUUAAUAAUGAUUGAUUGUCUGAACGGCUAUAAAAUCCAUCAAAAUGGACGGGCUAGAUGAGUUUUUCGACGACUUUUGUUCCUUUAACUGAUAUUCCUCAAACGAUAUACAUAUGUACAAGUAUGUAUGUUUAUGUAGAUUUACAAAAAGCUUAUCUUAACAAUUUUUAAGAUCUUAAAAGAAUUUAUGAACUACAGUUUUAGUGAUAAAACGGAUUUCUGUACGCCCAAGUAAAAACAUGUCAGCAUAUAAUGUACACAUCGGAUUAAAUAUUUAUUCUUGUGCUUAUUUUGCAACAGACCGAACAUCAAGUGUUUCCGUAUCCAUAAGAUAUAUAAUGUAGUAUUUCUAAUGUUGAUAAAGAUAAACCUCUUUGGUCUGUCCGUCUGCCUCAUUCGUAAUAAAAUUUCUCCCCCUCCCUCACUAACUUUAAAAAAUUGAAAAAAAAAUUACUUAAAUCAACAAAUCAAUUUCCGAGCCAAUUUAACACAUUUAUAUACAUAAGUUUAAUAUGAAAAUGCGGAUACAUAGAUCUGCUUUUUAAUUUACUACAUUACAUUAAAUAAUAUGUUCAUGAAAAUAUAGUUAGAUAAAUGUCUAAAAUUCUUAAGAUAAAUCAUUUUAUAAUACCUACAGUACGACUGCUUAAGCGCACUGAUGGGAAAAAUUGGACUGAAGUCAUUUUAGUUUCAUUACUAUAAGUCGUAUGAAAAGCAUUACUAAAGCAACCGUAAAAAGAACUUACGCGUACUUUAAGAUAUUGUUCAAGGCUGUACUGUAAAUAAAUGUGACAGACAAUGUGCAAUUAUACUUUGCAAGUAAAUUAUCAAUACUUAAUCGCUAACACGCUGGAAAGACAGUUUAAGUGCAGUGGUGAGAAAAAUUCGGUAUAUGUCAGGUUAACAAAUUUAUUCGUUCAAAUUGCCAAACUGAAUUCGUUUAUAGUAUCUGAUCGCUCAUGCAAAAGCAAACUCAGAUAAACUGUGUGCUAUGUUAAGUGCAAUAAUUGAAAAGAAAGUAUGCAAGAGAAAUAAAAACAAUUAUGUACAUAAUUUUUAUAAAAUCAUAUCAUUAUUUCAGAGCGGAUAAAAAUAAAUACCUGCGAUUGCUUUUAAUUAUUGGCAGACCCCAAUGUUAUAGUUAUAUGAAUAACGUGAUGAGACGAAUCGAUGUAGAAAUCCGUCGGUCUGACAGUAUGGACAUUUCAUAGGACCGAUCGGUGGAAAAAUAGCUCCUAGAUGUUUAAUAUUUGUUUUUAAAGAUAUUUAAAUAAAUUACUUUUAAUAAAUGAUCUUGGUAUUUAUGAGUAUAAAUCGGGCCGCUAUAUUAUAUAGCUACUAUAGGACCGAACAGUGCAUCAGAUUGCGUGUAUGCCUUUAGGUUGUGAACUACGAACUAAGGGACUAACUAAAGAAAAUAUUUUUUAAUAUUACUGAGUAAAACAUACAUGAGUAACGGCAGUUGGUGAUGGUUUUCAUUUUUCGUACUUCCUCUUUCGCUAUAAUUCUGUAGUUAGUUACUUUAGCAAAUGAUUUAAUGAAUAUACGGUUUUCUUAAAAGAGACCACCGCCACAUUGGUUUUAAAAAACAAUGCACAAAAUCAUAUUGAUAUACGUCCGUAUGCCCUUUUAGAUUUCUUCGCCGCCUUUCUGCAAAAUAUAUAAAAAUUAAUUUUUAUUUAUGUGUGUGAAAUUAGAAAAUAAUU